AUGAAGUCCUUCCAAAUAAUCUGCGCAUUCCUCUUUGUCACUAUCGCUUUUGCCGCCGCAACCAAGAGCGCCUACUUUGUCUUCUCCGAUAAACGCAAUGAGUUUACCAUCAAGUUGUGCGAUCCAGUGCUGAUUGCCCACGCCCGUGGUCUUGCCAACGGAACCAUCACCGACCACAAGCACAUCAUGGGAACGAUUGUCACGGAGCCCAUCUGGUACAAUCCACAGUGGAACUUCUACAUGAACCCAACCACCAUCUCCUUCUUUGACUCCGCCACCGAGGUCUGUGAUGCUUCCAUCUCCAUCACCGAGGGCCACCUUGCUGAGGUCGGUGGCUCAUUCCUCCCGGACAACGUUUGGUGCCCAUGGAAGUCAUUCAUCGUCCGUGAGAAGAUCUAA